CGCCAACUCGCUAGCGAGACACCCACUCGCGCGCCGCACCGCACCAACACGACACGCGAGUAACUCGGUACCACGCGCCAGUAAGCCAAAGUGACACGGACACCCGCACCGCCCUUUCUCUCACGCGCUCGAACCGUGUUCCAAGACGUGAAUAAGAUUGCUAAGCUAAACCGGACUGCUCGUGCUAUCUCUAGGAGCUGCAUCGACUCUAUCACAAAGGCCGCCGAGGGCUGGCCUGCCACUCGCCAGGGACCCGCCGACGAGCCGCGGGGAAUUCCUACCGAAGACCGAGCAACCUACAAACACGUAGGCAAAAGGAGAAAACGGCAUGACAGCAACGCACGGAGGCGGCGGUGAAGAUCACCGGCCGGAUAAGGAUUCAGUAUACACUAUCAAGACAGGCUUCAAGAACGACGGAUACCAGCACGAGAAGGAUUCGAACGACGACAUCGUCAAACCGCCGCCUCUGCCCACGGAGGACGAUUCAUACGCUUCAGGGAAAGUGAAGUUAUCCAGAAACGAGAAAUGGAGAAUACUGAAGAACGUCGCGGCCGUCAGCUGCGCGUUCAUGGUCCAGUUCACCGCCUUCCAGGGAACUGCUAACCUCCAGUCCUCGAUUAACGCCGCAGAUGGCCUCGGCACGGUCUCUCUUAGUUCCAUUUACGCUGCGCUCGUAGUAUCAUGUAUUUUUGUCCCUACGUUCCUUAUCAAGAGGCUAACGGUCAAAUGGACCUUGUGUCUCUCCAUGAUGUGCUACGCGCCAUACAUUGCCGCCCAGUUCUACCCGAAGUUCUACACGCUGGUGCCGGCUGGAGUCGUCGUCGGCUUGGGGGCAGCUCCCAUGUGGACAUCCAAAGCCACGUACUUGACUCAAGCGGGAAGUGUCUACGCCAAACUGACUGAUCAAGCCGUAGACGGCAUUAUUGUACGAUUCUUUGGCUUCUUCUUCCUCGCGUGGCAGACUGCUGAACUAUGGGGAAAUCUCAUCUCCAGCUUAGUAUUCUCUUCGGGAGUGCACAGCGGAGCCACAGCCAAGGAGAAUGUCAGCAGCGCAGUUCUCGCUUGUGGGGCAGACUUCUGCGUGAUCGGAAGUGGUCACCAUGACAACAGGAAUCUGCACCGGCCGCCAGAAAGCGAGAUAUAUGAGAUCAGUGCCAUAUACCUUGCUUGUGUCGUCGUCGCCGUGUUGAUGGUUGCUUUUCUGGUUGAUCCUCUUUCAAGGUAUGGUGAGAAGCAGAGAACAUCGGAGUCGAACAAGUUGACAGGCAUCCAACUCCUGUCUGCUACGGCUUACCAACUGAAGAAACCGAAUCAGCAGUUGCUCAUCCCGAUCACACUGUGGAUUGGAAUGGAGCAAGCGUUUAUUGGCGCUGACUAUACGCAAGCCUACGUUUCGUGCGCCCUCGGCAUCCGUUCCAUAGGCUACGUGAUGAUCUGCUUUGGCGUAGUGAAUGCGCUCUGCUCUCUUCUCUUCGGAUCAGCCAUGAAGUACAUCGGACGGUUCCCGAUAUUAGUGAUGGGGGCGGCCCUGCACCUUGGUCUCAUAGUUUGGCUCCUCAUCUGGAGACCAAACCCUGAGUCUCCUACGGUGUUCUUCGUGAUUUCCGGAUUGUGGGGAGUUGGUGAUGCCGUUUGGCAGACUCAAGUUAACGGGUUGUACGGCGUGCUGUUUAGGCGCAACAAAGAAGCUGCUUUCUCCAACUACAGGCUGUGGGAGAGCGCCGGCUUCGUGGUUGCCUACGCCUACUCCACCCACCUCUGUGCCAGAAUGAAGCUCUACGUGCUGAUGGUCGCUCUGCUCCUCGGAGUCAUAGGGUACAUCAUCGUUGAGAUAUUGCACAAGAGAAAGGCCCUCCGUCUAAAAGCAAUUGCCGAGAACCCGAUAGAAGCGGCCGAAGCCGCCAAGCAGCCACCAGAAGAGGAUGACGAGAAGGACGAUAUUGAUGAUGACCUGAUCAUCACGCAUCUGUAAGCAUCGAGCGGACGACAAUCCAGCGCUUUUAAAGCGCCAAAAAUUUGCCAUACCCACUUUUUAGGUACAAAAUCUCGAGUUGUUAACUCGAAUUUAAUCUAUUUAGGCCCAAUUAUUCAAUCGCCAAUUGACGCAUUGUCAGGUUUUGUUACAAAUCUGUCAAAAAGGCGCUAGUUUGAUCAAGUAUCGUUAUGAUGCAUGAAAAGUGACGUCUCACGCGCCAUUUUAACUUUAUGUGUCAAAUCUCAUGUCAAAAGUACGAUUUUAGUUCUUAUUUUCAUCAACUAUUGUGAAAAUGUAAUACGUUUACAUAGACUUGUCCAGUGAUAUUAUACCAUAGAUAUGGUAUAUGGUCAUAUUACCAGCGAUAUCUUCAUCGCCGAUAUUGGAUUUUAUACUUCAAGGAGUAUAAAAUCCACUCUCGCCGAUGAUUAAGACAAAACGCACGAGAAUAGGUGAGAUACCUUAUACCUAACUAUCAAGGAACGUGACCCAAAGGCUACGAUGUAAUUUAUACUCCAUUUUAGACACGUACCUAAAUUAAAGGAACAUAUAUUAUUUUUCACAUAUAUAAUAUCAUUGGUCUUAUGACUAUAAAGAUUGUAUACCUACAACCAAAUAAACACAAUAUCAAAAAAAAAACGUCAGUUAGCCUACGUUCAUAC